CGACGAUACCUCGAGAGGGUGCCUGGCGGGGAUCUUCUGGCUGUCCUGAACUAUGGACGGCUGGUUGUAGUAGAGCAGCGUAGUCUGUUAGGUCUCUUAGUUGUUUAGCCGACGCGCAUUUCUCGACGCUCAAGCCUAGUGGGCUUGUCUCUGACAACUGAUGACUAUUAGUACUUCGAACGUCUUCUGCGCGGCUUUUGAAUAAGCCUUGCCAGUAUUGAUCUCUGCUCAGACGCUUGCUGUGGCGAUUCGACUCUUGAACUCCCCCACCCGCUUCCGCCUGCUUCUGCGGUCGCCUCGUAGCUACCAGUUCUUAGACGCCCAGAGGUCUUAGACGUCCAGUGGUGGCAGUUCUUAGACGUCGAGAGGUCGAGGUCGUAAUCCGAUUAGCGAUAGGCGCUGUUCGUCGACCGACAGUCCUGUUGAGGAUAUCAGAUGGCCCUUUAUCGAGACGCCACGCAGCAAAGAUGGAAGGGUAGCGAGAGCCCCCUGUUCGGCCCCACGGCGGCGGAGCUCCCAAGGUACCAGCGCGACGUGGAGGACUUGCUGGUGGAAACCACCGCCUCGCCCUGCCCCGCCACCAACCGUUGCAGCAAACUGCUGCUGAACGAGCUUCUUGACAUCUCAGCACCUCUGAACGAAGCAGCUGGGGCCAUAGUCGAUGACUCCUUCUGGCGCUGCUUCAAGUCCAACGAGCCCGAGCCAUGGAAUUGGAACCUCUACCUCUUCCCGCUCUGGUGCCUUGGCGUGCUCUUCCGCUACGCCAUCCUCUUCCCCAUCAGGCUCGUGCUGCUGCUCCUGGGGUGGGUGAUCUUCCUCUCGCUCUUCAUCCCCAUCCACUUCAUCUUCGCCCGAUACGACAAGCUGCGCCGCGGCCUAGAGCGUGGGCUGGUGGAGUUCAUGUGUGGGGUGUUUGUGGCGUCUUGGACGGGGGUCAUCAAGUACCACGGGCCCAGGCCCGUGCGCCGCGCCAACCAGGUGUACGUGGCGAACCACACCUCAAUGAUCGACUUCAUCAUUCUGGAGCAGCUCACAGCGUUUGCUGUCAUCAUGCAGAAGCACCAGGGAUGGGUUGGUCUGCUGCAGAAGACAGUGCUGGAGAGCGUUGGGUGCAUCUGGUUCAACCGCACCGAAUCCAAAGACCGAGCGAUUGUAACACAGAAGCUAAAACAGCAUGUUGCCAGGGCGGAUGCCAACCCACUUCUUAUAUUCCCCGAGGGCACAUGUGUUAAUAACGAGUACACUGUCAUGUUCAAGAAGGGAGCGUUUGAGCUGGACUGUGCCGUGUGCCCCAUCGCCAUCAAGUACAACAAGACCUUCGUUGAUGCCUUCUGGAACAGCCGCCAGCAAUCCUUCACCAUGCACCUGGUGCGCCUGAUGACGUCAUGGGCGGUGGUGUGCGACGUGUGGUUCAUGGAGCCCCAGUACAUCCAAGCAGGCGAAUCAGCCAUCGAUUUCUCAGAAAGGGUGCGGGAGCUGAUUGCCAAGAGGGCGGGAAUCAAGAAGGUGCCGUGGGACGGGUACCUCAAGUAUUAUCGGCCCAGCCCCAAGCUCACAGAGAAGAGGCAAGCCAAGUACGCGCACUCAGUGCUGCUGACCCUGCAGGAGCUGAGAGGGGGCGCUGCUGGGGUGCUCCCUUCACCUGAUGCCGACAAGUUCGAGCUCUGAUAUUUCAGAUGAGACCUUAGGCUGAAAGGAAGGAGCCUGCUACAAAGCAACCUGCUUUUGCAAUUUCUAGAUAUGAGCUCUGAUGUCAUACGUCGUCCCUUUCGUUUUGCUUGAGGGAGGGAUCAAACUGAUGCGAAGUCAGGGCAAGUUUCAGAACAGUUUUGCGUUGUUGACUGGCUGUGGGUCGGACUGUUGCUGUGACUGGCUAUGAGGGAGACAAAAGGGGGUGAAGAGCAACAGUUGGGGUGGCAGAUGGAGGCAAAAAAGGCUGUGCCAGCCGGGAAUCGAACCCGGGUCUGCACCGGGCUUAUGGCAGGGUGCUAUUCUACCACUAGACCACUGGCACGAUUUAGACGAAGAUAACCUGGCUAAAGCUUUAAUCAAACUCAGGGCAAAAAUAGUGUUGCAUGUGAUGUCCGGUGGGGAAAUGGUGCUGCAGUGUUGCCCGGUGGGAAAAUGGUGCUGCAGUGUUGUCCGGUGGGAAAAUGGUGCUGCAGUGUUGCCCGGUGGGAAAAUGGUGCUGCAGUGAUACCCGGCGGGAAAGUGGUACUGGAUAGAGAGCAAUGCGUG